CUCCUCCUCCUCCUCUCCGUCCUUUGCUCGGCGAUCGCUGCGGCGGGCGGCCAUGUGGGUCGAGAUACUGUGCGGCCUGGUGGCCUACAAGCUCAUCCGCACCAUCUUCUUCUCCGGCGACGGCCUCGACCAGCUCGCCGACCUCGACUCCUCCCACUCCGAUCUCUGCUUCGCCGUCGCGUCCAGGCUCGAGAAGCUCUACGGCGGCCGCUGUUUCGUCGGCCUUCGCAUCCCCGACCCCGACGCCGGGGCGCGCCAGCACGUCGACGUCGUUCUCGUCACCAAGAGGGAGGUCAUGGUGGUGGCAAUCAAAAAUCUGUCCGGUUUUGUUGAGGUUGACAAGGAUGGCAACUGGUACACUGAGAAGAAGCGCAAGCAGGAGGUUAUACCAAACCCGGUUGUUGAAGUCAAUAGAAUAGCUGCCAAUCUUCAAUCAUACUUGGAGCAGAGGGGAGCAACACUGCCUAACGGGAUUGUAAGCGGAAGAGUUGUACUGCCAAAUCCCAACUGCAGGCCUUCAUACACUAUUAAUCUUCAACCGGAGGUUAUCUCACACGAUCAAUGGAAUGAUCUCAAGGCAGACACAAAAGGUGGAGUAUCGACAUGGAUUAAAGGUGCAUUUAGUGGAAGCAAAAGUGACAUCCAAGACUCGUUACUCCAAAACUUAUAUUCUAUUCUCAGCACCUCCCCUAUGUGGGACAGGUUGGAACUCAGAGGGGACAAAAAUGUCCUUGGUGAAUUCAUGGAAUUUAAAGGCAGACAUGAAGACAUGCAACUCUUGAAAAAACUGAAGAGAUCAAAAGUUAGCCGAUUUGUCAUCCAGAAAUCAACUCUUUUUGGAGGUUUUGGUAAGUCCUGUGUGAUGUGCUUUAUUUGUUAUUGUGUCUAGUACUUCCCAUGUUCAGCUUAUUUUUUUGCUGUUUAUUUCUCUAGUUUGGCAGGAAAGUCGCAUUGUUUCAUGUAGUUUUGGCACCUAUGCUAACGCCUAACAUAACUACUAGUGUAAAGAGAAGUAAAAAUGAAAAUAGAUGCAUGAAAUGCCUGUAGAUGUUAUGACAGCGUUCAUCCUUGCAAGAUAGAGGAAUUUAUUUAUACAAUCCAGUGAUAUGGACUGUCAAGCAGAAGGUAAACUUUAUUGUUAUUUUCUUUCUUAGAAGAAGGGAGCUAAACAUACUACAUGAGUUUGCAAGCAAAUUGUGAAUUAAACAAUAAUAUGUCCAGGCUGCUAAAUAUCCACAACGAGACUAAAAUUGAAAAAGGCAUAUGUUGUGGACUAUCAGCACGGAGUCCGAACAGAGGGAGAUCAGGAGUCAUUUGGGAAAUAUUGAAUUAGAAAGGCAUAUAAAAGGGCCUAAUUUGUUAAGAGGUCUGUAUGGUGUUAGGGUCUAAGAGCAUCUC